AUAAUAUGUCCGAUGCCAUAGUUUAAAAUUUUAGUGUUUUCAUAUUCUUUUGGUGUCUUGGAACAAUCCUUGUUGUCGGUUGUUGUCGGUUGUUGUCGGUUGUUGUCGGUUGUUGUCGGUUGUCGGUUGUUGAUGGCAAUAUGGCCGCAGGAAAGGGAGCCAAAUUAGAUCGUGUGUUCUUGCGACGUUUCAAGAGAUGUCUCCUCAUAAUGUUUCCUGCAUUUCUGGCAACCUCCACAUUGCUUUUCGUCCUGCUCUUGGGAAUGUCAUUUUUACAACAAGUAUUGUACUACAAUGCUGGUCUAAUAUCAAGUCAGUUUAUUGAAGUCAUGGUUGAUAAAGACCAUUCUGGAUUUCAUCAAGUGAUUUUUACAUCAAUGAUUGUAAUCAUUUGCACAUCCUUGGUUAAAGGUUUGGUGAGUUUUGUAUCUGGUAUAUUGUAUGUGAACUGGCGAGGAAGUUUGACAAGAUUCAUCCAUAAAUUCUAUUUUGCCCAUGAUACGUACUAUAAACUUAAUGCUCUACAACAAGACAUUGAUAACUUGGACCAGCGUAUCACACAAGAUGUCGAUAAAUUUAGUAAUCAAUUCAGCAGUAUUUUCUCAACUCUUGUCAUUUCACCAUUCAUUGUGGGCUACUACACCUAUCAGUGUUAUAAAAGCAUUGGAUAUAUUGGUCCUCUCAGUAUUUAUGGUUAUUUCAUUGUUGGGACUUUAGUAAACAAACUGUUGAUGGCCCCUAUCAUCAAACUAGUUUUUCAACAGGAAAAACUAGAAGGAAAUUUCAGAUUUAAGCACAUGCAAAUUCGUGUUAAUGCUGAAUCAACAGCCUUUUACCGCUCAGGGUUGCUUGAGGAAAAGAAAACAAACAUUAAGUUAGAGAAUUUACUUGGUGUCCAGCUAAGGUUGGUUUCCUACCAGUUAGUACUUCAAUGUUCCGUGAAUUUUUUUGAUUAUUUUGGUUCAAUAGUCAGUUACUUAGUAGUCAGUAUUCCAUUAUUUACUGGUAAAUAUGAUGAUUUGAUGCCAGGGGAGCUUGCUGCUGUUGUGAGCAAGUAUUCUUUCAUAUCGAUGUAUCUUGUUCAUUCUUUCUCGCAAAUUAUUGACCUUUCAAAUAAGAUUUCAGAUAUUGCAGGAUACACACACCGGAUUGGUGAAGUGCUGGAAUCCUUGAAAGAAGAAACUGAAGCAACACAAGAUCCAUUCAGAUAUGGUGAUUUGGAUGAUGGUAUUUUAUUCAAGAUAGAGGGCCUUACCUACUCUGCUCCUCAGGCUUUAGACAAGCCUUUGGUAAAAGCUUUAGAUCUUGAGAUACGUCAUGGAAAGAACCUUUUAGUAACAGGAAAAACAGGCAGUGGAAAAAGUUCCUUGCUAAGGAUUAUGUGUGGUUUAUGGAAACCUGAUUGUGGGAGAGUUGUUACAAGAGCAACUGAUGAAAAGUAUACAGUUCUGUUUUUGCCCCAAAAACCACUUCUGACUGAUGGUUCUUUGAAACAACAGGUAAUUUAUCCUGAAGAUGAGGAUUCAUCUUUAGAUGAUCUUCUAAAUGUUAACAAAGAUCAUGUUGUAUUAGAUUCAAGAAGGGCUGAACGAGUUCUGGAAUGCCUUCAACUUGUUAAAUUGAUUGAUGUUUGUGAUCGUGCUGGGGGUGUGGAUCAUGAAGUGGACUGGAACUGGGAAGACAUGUUAUCACCAGGAGAGAUGCAACGACUUUCAUUUGCAAGGUUAUUUUACCACAAACCCGAUUGUGCAGUUCUGGAUGAGGCAAGCAGUGCUUUGGAUAUUGAAACUGAGAAUGAGUUUUAUCAGUUGUGUGACUCAUAUGGAAUUACAUUGAUAUCUGUUGGACAUAGAGAAAGUCUUCGACAGUUUCAUCACAGUUUCCUUAUUUUGGAUGGUGAAGGGGGCUGGAAACACCAGACACUUCAUUAGGAUUUAUCAAAGGUGGUAUAUUUUUGAAAAGAUGAGAAUUGUCAAGAAAGACAAUGUCUUUUUACCUAGAAAUUUGCUCAGAACAGCCAAAUGAAUUAUUAUUACUAUAAAUUAUUAUACAAAUAUAGUUAAA